GAAAAGAGUUUUGCCGCGAGUUCCAGUGAACAUCGUACGAGGGAAAGAGAGAGAAACAGAGAGAGAGAGAGAGAGGAGGGGAAGAGAAGAUCGUAUUUAAAACCGGUUCAAGCCGAGUGUCUUCCUCGCACGAGACAAGGAGAAGAGCAAAGAUGGCCGCCGCCACUAUGAGCCACGUGUUCGAUUACGAGAACGAGCUGAACGAUAAUCUGUACAAUCUGAAGAUGUCGGGCAAGGGUGCUAGGACGCCGAAACGGGUGAGGAGCGUGUUGAGGCCGAUUCUGAAGUUGUUGAAGAAGAGGACGAGCAGAGGGAAGGUUGGAGGGAAGGGUCAGAAGGCGAUGCCGCAGGUGGAGAUAUUCACCGAGGAGGUUGACAAUCAGAAUAAUGCGAACGAGGCGUUGGAGAGGAGAUUGUUGGCCGAGCUUCAGGAUGCAGAGGAAGGGGCAGCUAUCACUGUCUGUUUGGACGGGCAAAUGACAGUUGUGCCCGUUGUUCCUGGCCAGUGCUACGUGCCCGUACAUUUCGCGCACACCCACGCAGGGGACUUCUACUGGACGACUCUGAGCAUGACCGACAGUGAUCUGUGCUACAAGGAGCGCGCCUUCUCGCAGCAUCAGACACCUGAGAUGCAGGUUGCGUGAAGAGGAUCAUCUGGUGUAACCUCACAUUACUACCUCAACGACGGAGAAAAAAAAUCAAAAAUAAUCUCUUCGAUCUCGUCGAAGAAGUAUCUUGAUCGCGAACA